AUGGCGCACACAACGUUCCCAGUUUCCCAGGCCACUUCAUCACGUGCUUUAUCGUCUGGAGAGUCUUCAAAUGGUCUGGGUGACUUCGUAUCUAUUUGGGCACACUCGGAGAACGACAGCCAAGAUAUGUCGAGUUUAGGGGAUUUCGGAGAGUUGUGGCGAUUUUUAAGAGGGGAAAAGGAGAAAUGGUGUAGUACUAGUUCCACAAAUCUUGUGGACAUGGAAAGUAUAUUGUCCCCAAGUGGUCAACCAACAGAAUGCAAACAACCGCCGUUAUUACCUCACUCUUCCUCGUCCGAGUAUUCUUCGGAGGAAGAAAUUCUGGUCGCAGAUCUCAAAGCGGUCAAAAAGAAAGUCGAAGGAUAUGUGGUGGUAACUGUGGACAAAAGUAACAAAAAGAUGGCAACAAAAAAGAGCAAGAAGAGCAAGAAAGGAGUGAAUACUCAAGAACUUCAAUCUAAAGGAGCUGGUAACAUCAAAAAGGUUGAUAAUACUGUUGCCAUUAAAAAAGUGAAUAUCAACGAUGUGCACCUCCCAAUCAUCCUAUCAAAUAACAAUAAGCCACAAGAAAAGGCUUCGGUAAAAGACAGUAACGAGACGAUUGAUAAAUCUAACAAUACAAAGCCAGCCCCCGGAUUUAGGAUACCAAUUCCCAUCAGUAUUUCAGAAGAUCCUAUCCACGUUUUCAUUGACAAUUCCAACAUCCUUGUUGGCUUCUUGGCACAUUUUCGGCAACAGCAAUUUCAACGUCGGACACAAAACCCUCAAUCCGUUUUGGGAAAGAAGACCAGGCCAACGUUGGAAUAUGAUGCUCUUUUCACUAUUCUUGAACGUGGUAGAAAUAUUGCACGCAGAGUUUUAGUUGCUUCUUCACCACUAUACCAACAACUCGAUAAAGCUGAAAAAGCUGGUUAUGAGGUUUCAGUUCUUAAGCGUGUGAAAAGGAGUGCUCUUGAUGACGGUAAUUCGCCACAGUUAGAUAUCAUUAGCGAAAAUCAACCACUAAACCCAUUUGAGAUGGAAAAAGAACAGUGUGUCGACGAACUCAUCCAUCUCAAAAUCUUGGAAUCCUUACUCGAUUACCAUGCGCCCGCCACUCUAGUCCUCGCUAGCGGCGAUGGCAAAGACGCGGAAUAUUUCCAAGGAGGAUUCCAUAAGUGUGUAAUCAAGGCUUUGGAACGAGGAUGGAAGGUCGAGGUUAUUAGUUGGAAACGACAGUUGAGUGCCAACUUUUUAAACAAGAAGUUCUUGAAAAAAUGGAAAGGCUUUUACUACGUCGUCUUUUUGGAUUGGUUCGCCAAAGAGUUGGGAUGUGAGAUGUAG